AAAUGAUUUAUGUUCCUUUCAAAAUCUCCUUACCAAAUACCUACCUAUUAGGAAUUUCAUUAAUACCAUAAGCACACACAACACACAAGUGUACUAUAAGUAAAAUGGAGGAAGGGUUAGAUGGAGAAGAAGUUUUGAGGUCAAUAAGUAGCCUAAGGAUGAAUAUAGGAUCUUCAAGUAGAAGAAGUUGGGCAUCAACAAGUGGUGGUGAUGAUGUUUUUGAGAGAAACAAGAAUGAAAUAAUUGUUGAUGAUGAGGAAGAGCUUAAAUGGGCAGCCAUAGAAAGGCUUCCUACUUUUGAAAGGCUAAGGAAAAGCAUUGUGAAACAAGUUAUUGAGAGUGGUGGAUUUAGUUAUGAAGAAGUUGAUAUAUCAAAGCUUGGUAUUCAUGAUAAGAGUAAACUCAUGGAUGGUAUAUUAACUAGGGUUGAAGAAGAUAAUGAAAAGUUUCUCUUUAAGAUAAGGGAGAGGAUUCAAAGGGUUGAGAUAGAGAUUCCAAAGGUGGAAGUGAGAUUUGAGAAAUUGUAUGUUGAAGGAGAUGCAUUUAAUGGAAGCAGAUCAUUACCAACACUUGUGAACUCAACCAUGAAUGUGAUAGAGGGAGUUCUUGGAGCAAUGAAGGUUGUGCCUUCAAAGAAAAGUGUAAUAAAAAUACUUGAAGAUGUGAGUGGAAUUAUCAAACCAGCAAGAGUAACAUUACUAUUGGGACCUCCCGGAUCAGGAAAAACUACUCUUCUGCAGGCACUUGCUGGCAAAUUAGACAGAGAUUUAAGGGUAUCAGGAAGAGUCACUUAUUGUGGUCAUGAGUUAUCAGAAUUUGUUCCUCAAAGAACAUGUGCAUAUAUCAGUCAACAUAAUCUUCAUCAUGGCGAGAUGACAGUAAGAGAGACACUCGACUUUUCCGGACGAUGCUUGGGAGUUGGAACAAGGCAUGAUCUACUUGUCGAAUUGACGAGGAGAGAAAAGCAGGCCGGAUUCAAACCUGAUCCAGAUAUAGAUGCUUUCAUGAAAGCCACUGCAGUCGGAGGUCAGGAAACAAGUCUCAUCACAGAUUAUGUUCUCAAGAUUCUUGGACUUGAAAUGUGUUCCGAUACUAUGGUGGGAGAUGAGAUGAGAAGGGGAAUAUCCGGUGGAGAAAAGAAGCGGUUAACUACAGGUGAGAUGCUGGUAGGACCUGCUAAAGUUUUCUUAAUGGACGAGAUCUCGACGGGUCUAGAUAGUUCAACAACCUUCCAAAUUGUCAGAUUCUUGAGGCAACUAGUUCAUAUCAAUGAUGUCACAAUGAUAAUCUCUCUUUUACAACCUGCGCCAGAAACAUUUGAUCUUUUUGACGACAUAAUCUUACUUUCAGAAGGUCAUAUUGUCUACCAAGGCCCGCGUGAAAACGUUCUCGGUUUUUUCGAGAGCGUAGGAUUCAAAUGUCCAGAUAGAAAAGGAGUUGCCGAUUUCUUACAAGAGGUUACGUCUAAAAAGGAUCAAGAGCAGUACUGGUUCAUAAGGGACAAACCAUACCAUUAUAUCAGUGUUCCCGAGUUCGUAACUCACUUCAACAGCUAUAGCAUUGGACAACAACUUUCUCAAGAGCUAGAGGUUCCUUAUGAUCGGUCGAAAACUCAUCCUGCUGCAUUGGUUAAGGAUAAAUAUGGAAUCUCAAAACUCGAACUCUUCAAGGCAUGUUUUGCAAGAGAGUGGCUACUGAUGAAACGAAGCGCUUUUAUAUACAUAUUCAAGACUAGUCAGAUUAUGAUUAUGUCCUUGAUUGCUAUGACAGUGUUUUUUCGAACAGAAAUGAAAUAUGGUAAACUUGAAGAUGGGAGAAAAUACUAUGGUGCAUUAUUCUUCAGUUUGAUUAAUUUGAUGUUCAAUGGAAUGGCCGAGCUUGCAAUGACUAUAUUUCGACUUCCGGUUUUCUUCAAGCAGAGAGAUUUGUUAUUUUAUCCUGCUUGGGCUUUUGCACUUCCCAUAUGGAUCCUUAGAAUCCCUCUCUCUUUUCUGGAAUCAGGAUUAUGGGUUGUCCUUACUUAUUACACUAUCGGUUUUGCUCCCGCUGCAAGUAGAUUUUGUUGUCAGUUUUUGGCAUUCUUCUGCAUUCAUCAGAUGAGUUUAGCUCUAUUCCGAUUCAUUGCUGCUAUUGGAAGAACACAAGUUGUGGCAAACACACUUGGUACCUUUAUACUGCUACUUGUUUUCUUACUUGGCGGCUUCAUUAUCGCCCGAGAUGACAUUGAACCAUGGAUGAUAUGGGGCUAUUAUGCUUCUCCUAUGAUGUAUGGUCAGAAUGCUAUUGCCAUCAAUGAGUUCCUCGACGAGAGAUGGAGUUCUCCCAAUUUGGACCCAAGAGUACCUGAACCUACAGUUGGGAAGGCUCUUCUUAAGGCUAGAAACAUGUUUACAGAAGAAUAUUGGUACUGGAUUUGUAUUGGUGCUCUCUUAGGCUUUUCCUUGCUUUUCAACGUUCUUCUCAUUAUCGCGCUGACAUUUUUGAAUCCAUUUGGAGAUUCUAAAUCCAUUCUUCUGGAAGAGGAAAAUGAGAAAAAGGAAACAACAAAAGAGAGUUAUGUUUCAAAAGCUAAAUCAUCUGAAUCCAUUGAAAUGGCAGAAAGAAACACCUCAGAGAGUCUAAUUCUCAAAGCAGACACUUCAACAACAAAGAGAGGAAUGGUGUUACCCUUUAGGCCCCUAUCACUUGCUUUUGAUCGCGUGAAUUACUACAUCAAUAUGCCAGCCGAAAUGAAAAAACAAGGAUUUGAGGAGAGUCGGCUCCAAUUACUAAGAGAUGUAAGUGGUGCUUUCAGGCCUGGAGUACUAACAGCAUUAGUAGGUGUAACUGGUGCUGGAAAAACCACACUGAUGGAUGUUCUUGCUGGAAGAAAAACCGGUGGUUAUAUUGAAGGAAGCAUUAGUGUAUCCGGUUAUCCAAAGAAUCAAGCAACUUUUGCUCGAAUCAGUGGAUACUGUGAACAAAACGAUAUCCACUCUCCGAAUCUUACAGUCUAUGAAUCUAUUGUUUUUUCUGCUUGGCUACGUCUCGGUAAGGAGGUCAACAAAGAAACACAGAAGAUGUUUGUUGAGGAAGUUAUGAAACUUGUCGAGCUACAUCCAUUAAGGAAUUUUUUAGUAGGACUUCCGGGAAUAGAUGGUCUAUCGACAGAACAAAGAAAGAGACUCACCAUUGCUGUAGAAUUGGUUGCAAAUCCUUCUAUCAUCUUUAUGGAUGAGCCAACAUCAGGCCUUGAUGCUAGAGCUGCAGCGAUUGUUAUGCGUACUGUCAGAAAUACAGCGGAUACAGGGAGAACUGUGGUCUGCACAAUUCACCAACCAAGCAUCGAUAUAUUUGAAUCUUUUGACGAGCUGCUUUUGAUGAAGAGAGGAGGACAAAUAAUAUACAGUGGUCCACUUGGUCAACAAUCUCAGAAGCUUGUUAAGUACUUCGAGGCUAUUCCGGGAAUUCCGAGAAUUAAAGAAGGAUAUAAUCCUGCCACAUGGAUGUUGGAGAUUAGUUCUCCAACAGUUGAGUCUCAGCUAAGUGUAGACUUUGCAGAUUUGUUUACUAAGUCAGAAUUGUAUCAGACGAAUCAAGAACUUAUUAAAGAGCUAAGCAUGCCAUUACCAGGAACGAAAGAUCUUAAUUUUGCUUCUAAACACUCCCGGUCUUUCAUUACUCAAUGCAAAGCUUGCUUCUGGAAACAGCAUUGGUCAUACUGGAGGAAUCCUCAAUAUAAUGCCAUCCGUUUCUUCCUGUCGAUAUCUGUAGGUGUUAUUUUUGGACUCGUUUUUUGGAAAAAAGCAGAUAAAAUACACAAAGAACAAGAUCUUAUGAAUUUAGAGGGAGCCAUGUAUUCAGCUAUUUUAUUUCUUGGAGCCACCAACAUUUCUGCAGUUCAACCUGUAGUAGCAGUAGAAAGAACAGUCUUCUACCGAGAAAAAGCGGCCGGAAUGUACUCAGCUCUCCCUUAUGCAUUUGCUCAGGUGGCAAUAGAAUGUAUAUAUGUUGCAAUCCAAACAUUUGUUUAUACCCUUAUCCUUUACUCAAUGAUGGGAUUCCCUUGGCAAGCUGACAAGUUCAUCUGGUUCUACUACUUCAUCUUCAUGUCAUUUGUCUACUUCACACUAUAUGGAAUGAUGACUGUGUCUCUGACACCAAACCAUCAAAUUGCUGCAAUUGUUAUGUCAUUCUUUCUAGUGUUCUGGAACAUAUUCUCGGGUUUCGUUAUCCCCAAAUCGGAAAUUCCAAUAUGGUGGAGAUGGUAUUAUUGGGGGUGUCCAACUGCUUGGACUGUAUAUGGUCUCGUGACAUCACAGUUGGGUGACAGAGAGACUCCAAUAGAGGUACCUGGAGCUGGAACAAUAUCAGUAAAAGCAUACCUCAAUCAAGAGAUGGGCUUUGAAUAUGACUUCCUUGGAGUUGUUGCUGUGGCUCAUAUUGCUUUUGUUCUUGUGUUUCUAUUUGUAUUUGCUUAUGCAAUCAAGGUCCUUAAUUUCCAGAAGAGGUAGUAAAUAAUAGAAAAAUAAAAACAGAAAGCACCAAUACAAAUGAAGAACAAAGGAAAAAGAAAUAUUUUAACUUUAAGGUUUCUGUACCAUAAAUAGCUGGAAUAGACAUAGAAUUUUGGCUAUCAAUGCCUUUGGAGUUUUCCACUUGUGUCUA